AUGGCCAUCGCUGGUCCUGCCGCAGCAGCACUCGCCUCAUUGAAACCUGAUCAGGUUACUUUUCUACAAUCUCUCGAAAAAGCUGAACUUCACGCCCACCUCAACGGUUCUAUACCCAUUGCGGUCAUCCAACAGCUUGGCAAGGAAUACUUAGUAAACUCUCCAUCAUCCACACACGGCGAUGCAAUCUACGCCACGAUAGAACGACUCAUUUACGGUUCUGAGCUUGAGACGAUAGACGAUUUCUUUUCGGUAUUCCCAAUCAUCUAUCACUUGACGUCGACGCCUGAAAGCCUGGCUUGCGCGACGCGUGGUGUUCUGAAUGCUUUCCUGGACGGUGACCAUCCGCAAUGCAAUUAUCUUGAACUUCGUACGGGACCAAGAGAGACGGAAUACAUGAGCAGAGAAUUGUAUAUGCGAACCGUUCUGAAUGAGGCGGAAAAAUAUGAGGAAAAGGUGGGCGUAAUUCUGAGCUUGGAUCGCAAAACUGGCGAAAAGACUUGGCAAGAAUGCUUGGAUAUAGCACUUAAGCUAAAAGGAGAGGGAAGAAGACUUGUUGGGGUUGAUCUCUGCGGCGAACCAUCCAUGGGGAACGUUGCGGAUUUUCAAACAUUUUUCUGUGAAGCGAAGAAAGCAGGAUUGGGUAUCACGUUGCAUAUCGCCGAGAUCGUUUCUAGCACCCCCGAGGAGACUCUGAAGCUCUUGUCUUUCCAACCCGAUCGCUUGGGGCACGCCACAUUUCUCAACAAGGAAGCUAUGGAUAUCGUGAUAAAAAAUAACAUCUGCGUUGAGAUCUGCCUAACUUCUAAUUUAUUGUGCAAAACAGUAAGCGCAUUGGAGUCCCAUCACAUUCGUCAAUACCUCAAGGAAAAUCAUUUGAUCGCCAUUUGUACGGACGACAUCCUGCCUUUUCGUACUUCUCUGUUGGCGGAAUACGCCCUUCUUCUUGCUCCAUCUCCGUUAGGCCUUGGUCUUACUGAGGACGAAGUUAAAGAGAUCGGGGAAAUGAGUCUGCGGGCCAGAUUCAAAAUGGGAUGACGGAUUGCUGAGCUUUAGAGGCUACCAUUAUUAAUAUUGGUGCGUUCCCAUUUAGACAUGAAACUGAUUAUUUGAUACCCAGUCUCCAUUGAUACGAUUUUCAUUUAUUUGUGAGGACAA